AUGACUACUUUGAUGUCAAAUAAUAAUAAUAGUUUACAUCCAAAUUCAAAUUUUAUUAAUCAUUAUUUAGUUGAAGAAUCCAAUGGAAUUGUGUUAACACCAUCCCCCAACACAAUUAGUUCAUCUUCAUUUAUAGAUUCACCUUAUAGAACAAGUUCAUCAAUGUCAACAAAUUCGUCAGUUCCCGUAAAGUAUUAUUCGAAUCAAAAUCAAAAUCAAAAUCAAAAUCAAGGUCAAGGUCAAGGUCAAAUUCCAACACCUCCUCACUCACAAUUAAUUCAUUGUCAACCAUCUUCAAUUGCACCACCGCCACCACCACCACCACCACAACAAAUAUUACCAUUACCAAAUUAUCAUUAUCAACUACAACAACAACAACCAAUUUAUUAUCCUCAACCUAUUCAAUAUGCACACCAACAACAACAACCAAUAUAUGUGCCCGCAUAUAAUAACAAAAAUAAUAACUACAAUCCAUCAGAUCAAGCUCAUUUUUUUAAUCAACAAAGAUAUUCACCAAUUAGAAGAAAAUCAAAGCAAUCUACCACUUGGUCUCCAAAAGAAGAUAAAUUAUUACGAGAAUUAAAAGAAAUUCAAAAAUUAGGUUGGAGAGAAAUUUCAACCUUUUUUCAUGAUAGAACACCGAAUGCUUGUCAAUUUCGAUGGAGAAGAAUAAUAUCAAGUGAAAAUGCCGCAAAAGAAAUUAUAAAUAAUGAUAAAGUAGAAGAAAUGUAUCAGGAACAGCAAGAAAAAGAACAGGAACAACAACAGGAACAAGAACAUGAUCUAGAACAAGAUCAUCAAAAAAAGCAACAUUCUAUUACUUUUUUAUUAAAUUAG